AUGGAGAAUUUUAACAGUGAGACUGAGAGCGACUACACCAGUUACUGGAGAGACUGGUUUAUCUCCUCCCGGGGAAACGAAUACUUUUGCGAGAUCGAUGAAGAAUACCUUACGGAUCGAUUCAACCUUACGGGCUUGAACAACGAGGUCCAAUAUUAUCGAUAUGCGCUUGAUCUAGUGACGGACGUUUUCGAUCUCGAUGCGGAUGAUGACCUCAGAGAGCAGAUCGAGAAGUCGGCCCGACACCUUUACGGACUCGUUCAUGCCCGGUAUAUUGUCACAACCAGAGGAUUAGCUAAAAUGCUCGAAAAAUAUAAGAAAGCCGACUUUGGCAAAUGCCCACGGGUGCUCUGCAACCAACAUCCCCUCCUCCCGAUGGGCCUGUCAGACCUGCCAGGCGAGAAGUCCGUCAAGCUCUACUGCGCCAAAUGCGAAGAUAUAUACAAUCCCAAAUCGUCCCGACAUGCCUCAAUCGACGGCGCAUACUUUGGCUCGUCAUUUCAUAGCAUUCUCUUCCAAGUCUACCCCGCCCUUCUCCCAGAAAAGUCAAUACGUCGAUAUGACCCACGAGUUUUUGGAUUCCGUGUUCAUGCCUGCGCAGCUCUGACGAGAUGGCAAGACCGAAAACGAGAUGAGAUGAAAGUCCGUUUGAAGAAAAAUAAGCUGGAUAGUCCGUUUGUUGAGGAUCGGGAGUUUGAAGAAGACGACGAUGACGAUAUUGCUGAUUCGGGAAUUGGAGAGUUUGAUGGAAGGGGUAAAACUCCAGUUGGUGCUGAGGGGGGAAGGAUGAUGAUUGAUAAGUGA